UGGAAGAUUAAAAAGCCUAGAACCUGUUCGUCGAUGUUGGAUCUCCUCUCCAGAGUCUGAUGGUCAGAUAAAGCGUGAAGUUUGGGUGUUUCAUCUCCUUCGUCAAGAAAACGACCAAUAACUAAUCUAAAUCGAUUUCCUUUGACCUUUCAUUUCUUGGAUACAGUGUCAAAUAAUUUCUUGUGUUAGUUAUUCGCUUUCUUUUUUUGAUCAUAUCGCUGAAAGAUACCCAAAUACCGUCCGUUUCUGCGAUAAUUAUAUUCCUAUUAUCCGUUUUUAGCAUUCGAUUAAGCUCCAUCUAUGUUCCAAACAAACCCUACUACAUACGCAAAUCCAGAAUCUUGCCAGCAUCUUGCUGAUCAUAAGCUCAAACACGGCUUAAAUGGCUACAAAGCCAUCCAGAAGUUCCUCGUUACCUCCCCAGCUGGAAAGUGUAGCGUCAAGAAACCCAAUACGAAGAUACCUAGGUGCGAUAACUGUAAUGGCUAUGAAGGUAGACUCUAUAUUUGUUUGAUUUGCUCUUCAGUCGCUUGUCUGGAUCAUAUACUCACGCAUCCCCAAUCCGAGCUUGGCCAUAGCAUGUUCAUAGACAUUGCAAGGGCAGAGCUCUAUUGUGCACCAUGCCGUGAUCAAAUGUAUGAUCCUGAUUUCGAUCAACUUGUGAUGUUUAAGCACUUAGUGGGUAUGCCAAACAGUGAUUAUGGAAAUGAAAGUAUUGGACAAAGAUUGACCAAAAGGAGGAGAUUGGCUUCAGGCAUUGGACCAUUGGAUCUGAAGAAAUCUAAAUGUGGCGUUCCUAUGAGCGAUCGGAGGGAUAAAUCUUGUUAUCCGCUGGGUUUGAGGGGAUUGAAUAAUUUGGGAAGCACUUGCUUCAUGAAUUCGGUGUUGCAGGCAUUGCUUCAUGCUCCUCCUUUCAGCAAUUAUAUACUGAGUGGUGGGCAUCGUCCUGAAUCUUGUCAGAAAAUAGCCACCGACCGGCUAUGUUUGCUUUGUGAUGUUCAUGCGAUGUUUUCAGCCAUGUUUUCGGGCGAUCGAACUCCAUAUAGCCCCGCUCAGUUUCUCUACAGCUGGUGGCAGCAUUCAGAAAAUUUUGCAAGUUAUGAACAGCAGGAUGCCCAUGAGUUUUUCAUUUCGAUUUUGGAUAUGAUUCAUCAGAGAGAGGGCAAAACAACAAACAAGAGCAGAGAUAAUGCAGAUUGCCAAUGUAUUGCACAUCGGGUGUUCUCUGGGUUGUUGAGAUCUGAUGUUACCUGUAUGGUCUGUGGAUUCACCUCAACAACCUAUGACCCUUGUCUGGAUAUUUCACUUGACUUGGAUAAUGUCAGCCGCUCUUUAGCAGAAAAGGGUACGAAGCUUACCAAAAGGAAUGAUGAUAGCAGUAUGUCAACACUCCAGGGCUGCCUAGAUUUGUUCACAAGGCCAGAGAAGUUGGGUUCUGACCAGAAAUUUUACUGUCAGAACUGUCAGGAAAAGCAGGACUCGUUGAAGCAAAUGUCCAUAAGAAAGCUUCCGCUGGUUCUUUGCUUUCACGUGAAGCGGUUUCAACACUCCUUUGUCCAAAGAAUUACAAGGAAAGUAGAUCGCUACAUGCACUAUCCAUUUUCUUUAGACAUGACCCCGUACUUGUCAUCUUCAAUCAUGAGAAGUAGAUUUGGCAAUAGGAUUUUUGCUUUUGGAGGUGAAGACUCUGAUGCUUUGUCUCAGUUUGAGGUUUUCGCAGUGGUCACCCAUUCAGGGACGCUUGAAUCUGGUCAUUAUGUUUCUUAUGUACGUUUGAGAGAGCAAUGGUACAAAUGUGAUGAUGCUUGGAUAAUUGAGGUCGAGGAGGCUGUGGUCAGAGCUUCCCAGUGUUACAUGAUAUUCUAUAUGCAGAAAACGCUUUACAAUAAGGCAUAUGAGGAUUUGAGCCAGCUCAAUGUCCCUGGAAGAGACAUAUUUGUUCCCAAGGGAAUGUGUCUUCAUCGAUGGCCAGCUUGAUGCUUACUGAGAGCAGAAUUGUUUUCUGUAUGAUUGCCCGUUGGGUAGGACUAUCAGUCUAUCACGAUUCAAUGCUAGCAACAGCUGUAUUAGGAACAUGCAUCGUCAGACUGACAAAAAGUUGGUCAUGGAAAUCAGAUCCCUGGUUGCUAAUUUGACUGUGAUGGAAUAUUUUUUCCGAGGUUAUUUCGUCAUAUUGACAAAAAGAUCCGUGAGAGAGGGAGAGUGAAGCAUGUAACUUCCAAUAUGCUUACUCAAAUUCUUUGAAUGCAGGUUACUCGUGUACAAAAUGACUCGUUGCAUCUGAUUUUUAUGAACAUUGUUCGCUCCACAUAAAAGUGGGGAGGAGGAAAGAAAACUGACAGCAAAAUAUUGAUUUGAGUAA